AUGGCGAAGGCUCGUGGUAUUCACGUGAUGACUAAACGGCGGCAGUGCGGGCGGGAGGCACGGCCCGCCGCUCUAGCUACGGCUCUGGCUGAUCAAACAGAGACGUUGAACAUCUUCCAAGUUCGCGACCACGACUUGUCUUCGACCACCACAAACACCCGUACGGUAGCCUUCCUCGGCAAUCAAGACUUCGCUUGUUUUGAUUCUAGGAUGACAAUAAGAGAUGUCAUGAAGGAUCCGUUUGGUCCAUAUCCCGCCAGCCUGAUACUCUCCUCCGCAGCCUUGCCGCGAGCACUUACGCUAGAUUCAGUCGCAAUGCUGUUUGCAUCCUCUGAACGAAUCACCGGCUUGGAGGAAACUGAUACCAAAUCUUACGAAGACUUGGCAGAGGAUGUCCAUAUUUAUGGGGAGUUGGUAGUCGAGAAGCUGGACUGGUUUUCUGAAGCCGGUAUGGAGAUACUCGGAAAGGACUUGAGAAGACGAGAUAAGCGUCUAAAUCCCGGCAGCCAGGGUUACUUGACGUUACAACGCAUAAUUAGGGACACCAACAAGGACCUCACGGACGAACGGCGGUUGAAAGUUACUAUUCAGUGCAAGAAGGAGAAGCAAGCGGCUUUUAUGACCGCUGAUAAACAUCCUACUAGCCUGAUUUUAUACUGUUGGAUAUCUGAAAACAGGAUCGGAAAUUUGAUGGAGCUAAUCGUCAACUCUUUCGAGGCUCAAACUUACGAGAAGAGUCAUGUCUACCUUGAACGAUGGAGACUACUCGCUUUCGUCAAGCAAACGAUCAAAGAACAGCAAGAUCCACCAAAGGAAGACCGAACAAUCUACUGGCUCAUCCGUGCCAUGCGCGAACGUUAUAAACGAGACUCCGCAUAUCGCAGACUCAUCUUUGACCCCGAAGAAGCUACCGACAUUGAAGAUCUGGUAACGGGGAGAACGAAACGCAGACGCCAUCCUGUUCACCUCUCUAAAGCCGAAUGUGCCGAUAUUCUGGCUACCCAUGCGGAAUGGUUCCUCGCCCAACAACUAUUUACAAGCAGGAAGGAACACCAUCUCGUGAACCUGCGGAACUGGUACGACUUUUGUACGAAAUCGAAGAACAUGUGGCCAGACCGAUACGGGAGGGAGAUUGACAUGACGAAGUUUGGACACGACCGCCGAUGGUGGAGGGAAACCAUUCAAAGAGUGAUUUUCAAUCCUCAACCUCAGAAACCGAGAAUAGAACAGGCCAUUGACAUUGUUAUUUCCAAGGAUCAAGACAUGGAAGACGAUUCUCAAGAAUUCCUUGCAAAUUAUGAUCCCGAUUUUGCUGGAGACGAGUCCUCGGAAUAUUCUGAUUCCUCGUAUGGUGGUUCCCGUUCAUCGAGUCCAAACCCAAGUCGUCUUGCGGAAAAGGUCCCUUGGUACUGCUGGAAGGAGCCCAAAUUUCUAGAUUGGACUUGGGAGUGCCCUGAUGGCAAUUGUCGCUUCUGCAUUAAUCUGCGAGAUGUGAGGCACCCAGCAGCUGAUGGACGUAGAAUGUCAUUGUCACUGCAAGGCAAGAAGAUGAAAAAGGUGGUGUUCCCUAUAAUAGCCGAACACUACUCUGAACACAUGCAUCGGAAUGGUGUUCAUUUACGCACAGUUUCAACACGACCUCUGCGGACUGUUCUGGAGGAGUGGCCGCAGCCAGGAGUUCAGCCUCAGCCUCAGGCACACAUAGUUAAGGAAGAGGACAAUGACUGA